CAAACUAUUUCGAAAAAAUUAUGAAGAAAAUGCUGAGCCCACGUUUCUUGCUCUUUGCUGUUCUUGUUUUGAAGUUUUCUUAUGAAGUAUCUGCAAUGGACUGCAGUGCUGCUGGCAUUAUUUUUCAUUGUCCAACUGGAUUAGAUAACCAGAAUAAAGUGUUUUGUUGCAAAUCUGGCUUGAUCUCUUCUGUUGAAGUUUGCUGCGAUGUGGAAGAUUUCUUGAAAGAAAACACUGGAAUUCUGGCUGGCAUCAUUGUUGGUGCCCUACUCAUCUUGAUUAUUAUUACUCUUUGUUGUUGCUGUUUCUGCAGCUGUUGCUGUUUAGCAAAGCGCAGACUGAAUCGUGGAACUGUCCUCUACGGUCCUGUAACACCAAAUACACCUUCUGCUCCUUCAGCUUCUUAUCAAGUAGUCCAUCCGCCUCCUAGUCAAAUUCCAAACCCACCACCAUACUAUCAAUCUGCCAAUCCAAAUUAUGUCUAUCAACCACCUGCAAAUCCUGAUUACAAGUAUUGAUGAAUGUCAAAAUAAUUUUCCUCUUUUUUUUUUGUAUAUCGUUUGAAUGUUGUGAUUGUUUUAUGUAAAUAUUUGUAUUUUUUAAAACUUUUUUGUGAAAUGUCAACUAUUUUUUUAUAUGGCAGUAUAUGUAUUAUUGCCAUAAUGUGCCUUAUUUUAAAAAAUGUACAAAGAGUGUACUUCUAGAAAAUACAUGAAUAGUGACAGAUUAACUCAUUAUUAGGCUUUUCUUAAUAAUUGUACAACUAAAAUUUAGUUGUGGGAAAUUACAAAUAUGUGCCUUAUUUGAUUGAAUAUUGUCUUAGGAAUGAUUAUUUAAAUUGUUUAUUAAAUACUGGCUUAAAAAAAUUUUAAUUUAAGUGCAUAACUGAUAAGUUAUCGUACAAGUAAGAUAAGAUGGCGUUAAAUUUGUUGAAAAUUAAUGUUGUAAUAUUGGUUACUAAUAUUGUAAGCAAAUAAGUAUGUACAAAAGUUAUUUAUAGUUAUAAUUUUAGAUUUUUUCAUCUGGGUAUGUUUUAAUUAAAUGUUUAUAAAAACAUGCUCAGUUUUAUAGUACCAUUAUAAUGAUAAUCUGUCACUGUAUGCAGAGUUUAUAAAGAAAUCUUGAAGUAGAGAGUAAUUUAAUAUUCUUUUUUAUAUUUCUUUUAAAUCAAUGUACAUGGAAUCUCAUCUGUGUAUUAUAAAAAUUUAAUUUUGAAAACUUGGUCAGUAAUUUUUCAUUCCAAACAUUUUUUUUUAAAGUUAAUCAUGUUUGUCUUUACUUUCAUGCUGUUAAGAUUUUUUUAAAUAUAAUAAAUUGUAAUUGAUAUUUCCAAUUCAAACAACAUUCCAAUUUAUAAAAUAUUUUAAUAAAGAUUUGUAUUAUUGAUUAAUAUAAUUAAAGGAUAACUGCCAUUAAGAAGGAUCAUAAAGAUAUUUGUUAAAUGUUUGUUGAACAAAAGUCUUUUCUGAAGGAUUUUUUUAACCCAUUUCUGUGAACAUUUGCACAUACUAUAUAUUAUAAAAGUAUGCAGUACAAAAGUUGAUAAAUAAUUAAGUCUGUUAAUAUGUAAUUUUCAAGAAAAAUUUUAUGAGCAAUUUUUGGAACAUAAAAAUUUUUCAUAAAGGAUUGCAAUUUUUCAUUGCAUUUUAAUACAUAAUAGAAUUGAAUUGGCAGUGAAGGUUGGUGACAGAACUAUUCUUCUGUUACCAAUAUUUUCUUUGUAGAUAUGGUGAGCAGAAUACUGUCAAUGUAAAAAUUUAUUUGUACUUAAUUAACAUUUCUAUUGUAAUUUCUUCUAGUUCCAAUAGAGUUUCCAUUCGUUAAAGAAAAAGCAUUAAAUUAAAUUUUUUGCUGUUAAAAUUUAUGAACUUUCAUUUCUCUGAGCUUUGUCUAAAGGCCUUGCUCUUUAAAUCAUUUAAAGAUGUUUUAUUUUUUGAAAUGAUAUUUAAACUUGCAUUUGAAAUUAAGUUUCCAACUAUUUAGCCUUUCUUAAUUCAUAACUUCUCAAAAUGCUGUGCCAAAAUUUUAAAAUUUUGAGUGUCGUAAUUUUUAAUAUAACAUGCAGACUAGACUAUUCACGCAUUUUUACUGUACUCUCAUUAAAAAUAUUCUUUCAUAUUACUGCAGCAUUGUAAGAGCUUUAAUGCUAGAGCUUUGUAAUUUACUUGUUUUUGAUGUAUCCUAGAAAAAAUGUCAAUUUACUUUUUGAUGUGAAUAAACAUAUAAAGUCUA